CGGUUACUUGUUCACUUGACGCUCAAUCGUUUACAUCGGAAAUAUAUAUAUUUUUUUUUAAUUCAACUUGUUUAUUUUUUCUGUUGCUGUUAACUAUCCUGUGUGUGUAGUUUUGUUUUAAUUGUUAACAAUGAUGAAAAUUUUCGCUUUAGUUUUGUUCGUCGCUUUUGUAGCGGCUGACACGCAAGACGAUGACUUCCAAUUGCCUGCCGGAACCAUUACUUGCCAAAUCGAUAGUCCCGAUCGAGAUGAAUGUAUAAAAGAAGCCAUUCAAGAUAUGCUGCCAAAAUUAAACAACGGUUUGGUUGGUCUUCGUAUUCCACCAAUUGACCCAUAUAAGAUUGAAUCACAAACAUUGAACUUCCGACGAGGAGAGAAUUUCGUUGCAACUGGUACCAUUCGCAAGGCAAAUGUUCAUGGAGCCUCAAAAGCCAAAAUUACUGAUGUCAAGACGAAAAUCACAAAAACCCACAUUAGCACACAAAUCAAAGCAAUCGUACCAGAAUCGACUGUCGAAGGAUAUUACCGGGGAGAAGGUCGUUUCAACGGCUUGAAAAUCAAAUCAAAGGGAUACUUCAAUGUAACAGCAACCGAUAUUAGCUUGGUCAGCCGAACUGAAGGUGAUAUCAUUGAAGUGAACGGCAAAGAAUAUGUGAAAAUAACAAAAUUCGAUGUUUCACCACAAUUUGGUGAUCUCAAAGUAUUUGCCACUGGACUAUUCCCAGACCCUGAAUUAAAUCGUGUAACAUUGGAAUUUGUUAAUCAAUACUGGCCAUUCAUGGUGAAAGAAAUGAUGCCACAGGCCCGUGCAACCAUCGAACCACUUUUGAUUGAUGAAGCCAAUAAAUUCUUGCUUCAUGUUCCAAUCCGUAAAAUGUUGUACUAUGGAGAAGAUUCAGCCUAAAUGUGAACGUGAUUUUCGUUUAUUAUUUAUUUCUUGCGAGCCGUACUUUUUUUUGCCUCUCAGAAGAAUAAGAAAAAAAAAA